AUGACGCAUCGUGCUAAAAAAACAAGAUUUAUUUAUUCUCCUUAGCCCCUCCCCCCCAUUUUUUUUUGGAUCCUGGCGACAUAGUAGUUAACGGCUGCGGUGAGCUGUGGCUGCUAACCAAAAGGUCAGCAGUUUGAAUAUACCAGCUGCUCCUUGGAAACCCUAUGGGGCAGUUUUACUCUGUCUUAUAGGGUUGCUAUGAGUCAGAAUUGACUCGAUGGCAGCCGGUUUGGUUUUUUGGUUUGAACCCUUUUUUGGUUAUAAUUGGAAAAAUAUUACCUGCUCAUCCUUCUUGCAUGAGGCACAAAAUAAAUAAAGGUCGAAAAGACCUCAGUCUAGAUAGGUUAUCUCAUGGUUUCAAAAAUGACUGUUCUUUAAAUUGUAACAUGUCCAAACCAAGUAUGUCUUUGGCCUAUGUGUUAGGUAAGAUAAAGUUUAUAACCCAUUGCUGUUGAGUCGAAUGUGACUCAUAGUGACCCUGUAGGGCAGAAUAGAACUGCCCCCAAAGGGCUUUUAAGGCUGUAAUCUUAUGGAAGCAGACUGUCACACCUUUCUCCCGUGGAGCACCUGGUGGGUUUCAGCUGCUGACCUUUUGGUUAGCAGCUGAGCACUUAACCACUGUGUUACCAGGGCUUCUUCAGAUAGUCUAUAACCACAUCAAACCUACUGCUGUUGAGUCCGUUUUGACUCAGAGUACCCGAUAGGACAGGGUAGAGCUGCCCUAAAAGGUUUCCAAGGCUGUAAAUCCUUACUGAAGCAGUCUGCCACAUCUUUCUCAUGCAGAGUGGCUGGUAGGUUUGAACCUCUGACCUUUUGGUUCGCAGCCCAGCGCUUUAACCAUUGUGCCACUAGGGCUCCUGAUAUUGUCUAUAGUGAUCCUUUAUGAUUCCUGUAGUGUACGGUCCAUCGUACUUGCUAAUGAUGUGAUCCGCUGGCCUAUAAACAAUCCAGUCUGUUGGAUAAAUUUUGAUGAGUAAAGCUGUUUUAAAUAAAUGAAUUGCAAUUGUGCACGUAUGUACCUCUCAUUUUUUGAUCCACAUAAUGGAAAGAAAAAUCACGGGAAUGCAUUCAGAAGAUACUCUGGCUGGAUCAAAUAAUUCUUCUGUCAUUGUGCACUUUUGGAGCUAAGAUUCAGUUUAGAGAGAAGGUACUAUGGACUGCUAUAACUCUCUUCAUUUUCUUAGUAUGUUGUCAGAUACCACUCUUUGGAAUCAUGUCAUCAGAUUCCGCAGAUCCUUUCUACUGGAUGAGAGUUAUUCUUGCAUCCAACAGAGGAACUUUAAUGGAAUUGGGUAUCUCCCCAAUUGUAACAUCUGGUUUGAUUAUGCAGUUGUUAGCCGGAGCCAAAAUCAUUGAAGUUGGAGAUACACCCAAAGACAGAGCUCUCUUCAAUGGAGCCCAGAAACUAUUUGGUAUGAUUAUAACCAUUGGGCAAGCCAUUGUGUAUGUCAUGACGGGCAUGUACGGGGAUCCUGCUGAAAUGGGUGCUGGAAUCUGUCUUCUUAUCAUUAUUCAGUUGUUUGUUGCUGGUUUGAUUGUGCUGCUGUUAGAUGAGCUGCUACAGAAGGGUUACGGCUUGGGGUCUGGUAUUUCCCUCUUUAUUGCCACCAACAUCUGUGAAACCAUUGUCUGGAAGGCCUUUAGUCCCACUACCAUUAACACUGGCAGAGGUACCGAGUUUGAGGGUGCAGUCAUAGCUCUGUUUCAUUUGUUGGCCACCAGAACAGACAAAGUUCGAGCUUUAAGAGAGGCUUUCUACCGUCAGAAUUUACCCAAUCUCAUGAACCUCAUUGCUACAGUUUUUGUGUUUGCCGUUGUUAUAUAUUUUCAGGGAUUUCGAGUGGACUUGCCCAUUAAGUCAGCCCGGUAUCGAGGCCAGUAUAGUAGCUACCCCAUCAAGCUCUUCUACACCUCCAACAUUCCCAUUAUCCUGCAGUCGGCCUUGGUUUCAAACCUGUACGUUAUUUCCCAGAUGCUGUCCGUUCGAUUCAGUGGCAACUUCUUAGUCAAUUUACUAGGACAGUGGGCUGAUGUCAGUGGAGGAGGACCUGCUCGCUCUUACCCAGUUGGAGGCCUUUGUUAUUAUCUUUCUCCUCCUGAGUCCAUGGGUGCCAUAUUUGAGGAUCCUGUCCAUGUAGUUGUUUAUAUCAUCUUCAUGUUGGGCUCAUGUGCAUUCUUUUCUAAGACGUGGAUAGAGGUGUCUGGUUCCUCAGCCAAAGAUGUAGCUAAACAGCUUAAAGAACAGCAAAUGGUAAUGAGGGGCCACAGGGAUACCUCUAUGGUUCAUGAGCUUAAUAGGUACAUCCCCACAGCAGCUGCAUUUGGCGGUUUAUGCAUUGGUGCCCUGUCGGUGUUAGCCGAUUUCCUGGGGGCCAUUGGAUCUGGCACAGGAAUUCUGCUUGCAGUCACCAUUAUUUAUCAGUAUUUUGAAAUAUUUGUUAAGGAACAGGCUGAAGUUGGCGGGAUGGGUGCUUUGUUUUUCUAAAUGUUCAAAUAUUUUUGUGUGUGUGUGAAAGGGAAAAUAUUUUGACACAUUGUUUUUGUCAAAUAAUGCUGAUUCCCCUUUUCUUCCCUGUCAGUUUUUUGUUUUCAAGUGCUAACUGUGCCCCAUUUCUGAAAUGGGCACUGAGCUAAGCCUGUGUGCAGCAUUAGUACCAGCUGCCUUAAAACUAAAGUUUACAUUAUUUGUUCAUAAUGUACAUCUAGUGUUGCCUGUAAUGCCAGAAACCAGUGUAUCUACCUUGCUGUGUUAAAUCACGACAGUGAGAUGGUGACAUGGAUUAGUUUUGCGCACAACAUUCAGAACACUUAAUAUUCCCCCACUGGUUUAAAAAUAAAUUAGUUCGAAUUGCUUCUUUCCAGUAUUUUUGAGCGUAUUUGAGUUCUGAAACAUUUAUAUCUAAUCUAUUUUAGAUAAUUCCUUUUUAUACUUUUUUAACUCAUAGUAUCCACAUUCCCUCCCCACCUUGUGCCCCCCUUUCCCACCCCUUUUUAUCUGGCCCUUAUCAAAGCAGCCACUUAGCCCAGAUGGGUAAAGUUAAGCUUCAAAGUGCUAUGUCACUAGAAAAAACUGCUUCUAAAUACUCUUCCUGUUUUUCAUUUCUCCCUUCUUCCCGGUGACAGCAUAAACAGUGCUGUUUUACUGUAUUGGCUAUGCCUUCUAAUUGCAACAAGUCACUUGAGAAUACUCUUUCAAGAUACUAUGCCCCAAUUCUUUUUUGUUUUUAAAACUGCUAAAAAAAAGAUUGAAUUCUUCAGCAAUGUCUGUAGUUCAGUGGGGGUGAACAAUGAGUAUUCAUGCUAGGGAUUUGUGUAUGUUGUUGUGUUGUACAGCAGCAACAUGAGUGGAAACAGUAGACAAUAAACUUUUAUUUAAUAAAA